UUAAUGGGGCUGUUCUUCUGGGUGUCGCCACAUAAUCUGUGACUGUCUUCAAAAAUGAAAAGCAAGUUUAACUUGGCAGCAGAAGAGUUGAGCUCCAGAAGCUUCUGUUUUUUGAUCACUUUUGGGUCCUAAUAACCAUCUUAAACAUAAAGGUUUUGUGACUAUGGCGUCAACAAACAAAGAGGCCCAGGAGGAACAAGACCGCCUCAGAUCCCUUUUUCACACCUACGACGUGGACAACUCAGGACAGAUUGAGAAAAAUGAAUUUUAUGCCAUAUGCCAGGAGCUCCAGGUGCCUUCUGAAGAAGCGGAGGGAAUAUUCAGCCGCCUGGACGCUGAUGGCGAUGGCACGGUUACCUUGGAGGAGUUCCUCAGUGGAUUCAAAGACCAACAUCAGAAGGAUUACACCGAAGGAGAGGAUAACUUCUCAACAGUGGAGGAAAUUUCAAUCAACAAAGAGCAGGUCAUGAUCAGCCAGCCACAGCCUUCCGAUAAGGGAAUGAGCGCGGAGGAGAGGGACCGGCUGCGCACGCUCUUUCGCGCGUACGACGUGGACAACUCCGGGCGCAUCGAGAGGAACGAGUUCCUCACCAUCUGCGCCGAGCUGCAGGUGUCUGCGGCUGAGGCGGACAGGAUAUUCCAGCGGCUGGACGUGGACCAGGACGGGACCGUCACCCUGCAGGAGUUCAUCUUCGGCUUCCACGACCGCUACGGAGAGGACAUGGAGUCCGACGGAGGACAAGUGUCCAUCGCCUGGGAGACCUUCGAGAAGAGGCUGGGCGAGCAGGCCAAGUUCAUCCCGAGGCACGAACAGGCAGCGACGUUGUACCAGAACAUCAGCCUGACUGAGCCCAGACUGAUUCCUCAGUUUGAGAAGGUCAUCGUUAACUUCGCCAAAGAGAUCAAGCAGCAGAACUCAGAGAUGGAGAACCUGGCUCUCGCCAUCAAGAGAGCACAGGACCAAGCAUCAAUGCAGCUCAGUGAGAUGGAGGAGGAGAUGGACCAACGAAUUCAAGCUGCAGAGAGAAAAACCCGUGAGCAGGAGAAAAAGCGGACGGAGGCUGCGCUGAGUGAGUUGCGAAGGAGUUACGACACUGAAGUGUGUGAGCUUCAGUGUAAAAUCCAGAGGAUGCAGAUGAUAGAGGAGAAAUACAAGAACAUCACCGUGAAAGAUGAGAGCCCAGCUUUGAAGAAGAAGAUCAACGAGCUAACACUGGAAAACCAAAGGUUAAAGCAGGAGCUGCUGAGGUCUCAGACCAAAGUUGCCUGUCUGCAGAGUGAGUUGGAUGGAUUAAAGACAGAGCUAACUGAUCAAAGCAUGAACUCUGAACGAGACGAGGAGCUCAUGAAACACUUCUCAGACGAGCGAGACAUCCUGGAGAGUCAGAUUGAGAUUCUGCAGACAGCAAACAGGAAGCUCCACGACAGCAACGAUGGUCUGAGGGCGGCUCUGGAGAAGAUCACAAGGUCUGGGAAUGGGGGAUCCCCGGGAGACAUCAGGAACAGAAUCAGGAGUAAAAGCAUUUGUUACCCGUCGCCGAAUGCAUUAUUAGACAGACUUGGCCAGCGUUUGGAGGAUUUCCCGCUGUACACCCGUCGGCCCAGCUGUGACACCCUGGCCUUGGCCAUCUGUGACCCUGGCCUGAGGCGCAGACACAGCAGCGACUGCGAGGAGGACAGCCUACCGGAGCUCUUCGUGGACAGUGGCACGUCAACACUUAGACGCGACUGGGACUCGGAAGUCAGAGGUCAAGAUGGUGAAGAGGAGGAGAAAAGGGAUGUUCACGACAACAAUGACAGCAUACUGGGAGAAAACUCUGACACAGAGCAAGCAGAGACCCAGGAUGCAGAGUCAGCAAUCGGGUCGGACUGCAGUUCCAUUUUGGACUGGAAGCCCAAUGAUUCGCCCGGUGUCACUACACCCGCUGCCCCGACAAUGAAGAAAACGAUCAGCGCCAUCAGUGUUAAGAAUGACGACAAAGAAAGUGCUGACCUCGGCUACAUGACGUCAGAGAAGGCCUACAGGAUCGUGUUAGCUGGAGACGCUGCGGUGGGAAAAUCCAGCUUCCUGCUUCGCCUCUGCAAGAACGAGUUCAAGACAAACUCCAGUGCUACUCUGGGAGUGGACUUCCAGAUGAAGACACUCAUCGUGGAUGGAGAGCCAGUUUUAUUACAAUUAUGGGACACCGCAGGGCAGGAGAGGUUUCGCAGUAUUGCCAAGUCUUAUUUCAGACGUGCAGACGGUGUGCUGCUGCUGUACGAUGUCAACUGUGAGAAAAGCUUCCUCAAUGUUAGAGAAUGGGUGGACAUGAUUGAGGAUGUGUCCCGGGACGAUAUUCCCAUCAUGCUCGUGGGCAACAAGUGUGAUCUGCGACAACAUGAAGGUGACGGUGUUCCUGCCAGCUAUGGACAAAAGCUUGCCAUGACAUACAACACUCUGUUCUGUGAAACCAGCGCCAAAGACGGCUCCAACAUCCUGGAGGCUGUGCUGCACCUGGCCAGGUUGGUGAAAAAGCAGGCCACCUUUGAGGAAAAAAGGUCUCAGUCGAUGCCCAGCCUGAAUGCUCCCAAGAAUAAACCAAAGCUCUCCUGCUGCACCUGAUCACAUUCACCAGGAGCUGAUCCUCCUCAUCUGCCUUAAUAUGAAGAAUACAAGGAGCAUCGAUCCAGAAAUCCAACAAAACAGCAACAGAAACAAAUCAUCACCCCACAAAAAAAACCACAACAACCACAACUGUUUUAUUUAUGACACAGUGGCAGAAACAUGAGCCACAACACUAAGCCGCUCGACAUCAGAACAUUUGGAUCAUUGCAAACUUUUUUUGCUCUGUGACACUUUUCAUCCAUUUUUGUGCUAUUAUGCAUACUUUACAGUUUUUUUUCUGAAUUUUUUGUCAUUCAAACCUCUAUUUCUUUCUUUUCUUUGGGGGGGGAGGGGCAGAGAUGAUUUGAUGUGAAUCAUUCUACUAAAUCCAGGAAAGUGAAGAGGAUUUGGAAAGUGAACAUGUUGAAAAGAUGUGAAACAUAUUGUGAGAGGCAGAUGAAGUUAAGGAUUUGGGCGCUCUACCGCCUUAAACGCAGGUUUAAAGCAUCUUGUGUGGCAUAUCUACUGGUGGUAAAAGAUACAGAGUGUGCUGAUGGCGAAAGUAGAGACUGGGAGUUAUGAGACAAAUUUACCCCGACUAUGUCCGGCCUCUUUGCUCUUAUGUGAUGGUUUGAGGUGCAAUGUCCCAGCCCAAUAUCCAAAUAAUACCAAAACAGUGUUACAUUUCUGUUGUUAUAAAGUUUAUAUGUGUUGAUUUCAGCUCUACAGAUGCCAUUAAGAUUAGGAUUGUUCUAAGUAAUGAAUAAAUAAUACAAAAGAAUAGAACAGCUGUUCACUGUUGUUUGUAAGAAGCAAUGGACAACUUUAAUGCCAAAUUAAAUAAAUGCAAACUUUCUAUUUCCAUGGCAGAAGGCAAAAAACGAUGUCAAUGAUUUUCAAUAAUAAAAAGCUGAAGGAAUAUUUAAAACCUGAACAUUUUCAAGACUGGGGUCACUUUUUUUCUCCAAAUAUUCCUCUAAGCCCAUGCUUCACUAAAAUACUUAACUUUGGCGGAAUCCAGGACCUAAAUGCUGACAAGCCAGGAGGAAAUCAGGCCGACACAGAAACCCAACUAAGUGCAAUAAAUUC